AGUCUGAACCGGGAGCAUCUGCUGCUGCUGCAGGAACAAUGAACCGGCUCAGUAAGAACGGGAUGAUUCGGUGAGACGGAGAUGAAGCGGACGUUUGGGGAGUGUCGAGGUGAUGGGAUUGUACAACAGCACUGAUUUCUGCCGGAUAUCUGUGGUGUGAAUGACCUCUAACGGUGCAGGGAAUUAGUCAUUUCUAAUACUUUGUUGUCUGCAGAGUCAAUCCUCUUAACGUGCCGUGAUAACGUUACAUUGGCGGGCUUGCUUGUUGAGGGACUUUAAAAUGGGAUACACGUCUAAAAGCUAAAUUACCAUAGUGUCUUAAUUUAUUUAUUUACAUGAAUGUGUGAUUGUUGAAUGGCCUACAGUCUUCUAGGUCUGACCAAAGAGCUGCAAAGUCAUUCUUUAUCCCAAAAAGGAUUUUCUUUUUAUACUUCCCUGGUGAAAUCAUUGAUGCUCCAACCACAGGGGUGAGUUUCAUUACAGCAGAUCACCUUUAAGACUCCACUGCAUUGACAUUUUAUUGAGUUAUUUGUGGUUCAAGCUGCUUGAUGUCAUGAGUCGGCCAUCUGUUGUGGGAACAUACUUAAACCUGCAAGCAGAUUAACCAGUGAAAGGCCCAAGGCAUCAGUCUAGACAUUUUUUGUGCCUGGACUUUCUGUUGGAGGAGGGAUGCUGAGGGCCACCGUGGACUCAGUAGAGCAGAGAGAUGAGGAGCAGGAGGAUGAAGGGGAGGAAGAGUUGAGGGAUGGAGGGGUACCUUUCUAUGUGAACAGAGGAGGCCUCCCGGUGGAUGAGGAGACUUGGGAGAGGAUGUGGCGCCAUGUGGCUCGAAUACAUCCCACCGGUGAAACUUUGGGGAAGGAGAUCCGGGGUGUCACUGACCUGCCCAAGAUUCCAAUACCGAGUGUGCCUACAUACCAGCCAACCACCACUGUCCCACAGCGCCUGGAAGCCAUACAGAAAUACAUCAGGGAAUUGCAGUACAAUCACACGGGAACACAGUUUUUUGAAAUUAAGAAGAGCCGGCCUCUUACUGCGUUGAUGGACAUUGCUAAAGAGAUGACGAGGGAGGCUCUGCCAAUCAAAUGCCUGGAGGCGGUGAUCCUGGGGAUUUACCUCACCAACAGCAUGCCAGGUGUGGAGCGCUUCCCCCUCAGCUUUCAGUCUCAGUUCUCAGGGAACCACUUCCAUCACAUUGUGCUGGGAGUCCACAGCGGGGGACGCUUUGGUGCGCUGGGCAUCAGCCGGAGGGAGGACCUCAUGUUCAAGCCCCUGGAGUUCCGGACACUGAUGGACUUGGUGCAAGAAUACGAAGGAGCCUACAGGGGCUACUGGCACACCCUGCGCAAGGUCAGGAUUGGCCAGUAUGUGUCCCACGACCCUCACAGCGUGGAGCAGAUAGAAUGGAAACACUCGAUAAUAGACGUAGACAAGCUAACCAAGGAGGAGCUACGGAAGGAGCUGGAGAGACACACUCGAGACAUGAGGCUCAAGAUAGGAAAGCCUGCACCACCUUCUCCCACCAAAGACAGGAGAAACAGCAUGGGUUCACCCCUCAGAGGACCGGGCAGCCCCAUACGCAGGAUCAGCCGUGUUGAGAGACGUCCCUCCGGAGAGAAGAAGGUUUUGGAUCAAAAAUCGACUGCAGACAUGAAUGGAUACCAGAUUCGAGUCUGAUAAAAAGUUUUUUAGCUUUCUAAGCUUGUAAAGUCACAAGGUACCACACACUUGUUUCACUCUAAGGCUCAAUUCUUUGUACACUUCGGCCUAUUCACAGGACACAAUGCUGAAUAGGUCACCAGCAACUUUUCCUGUCAAAACAAACGCCUCAUUCAGCUUCAAUUCAUCUAUGUUGUCCGAGGCUUUUUUCUGGAGCAGUUACUGUGUAUAGUAAUUGGUGCUGGCAAUGUUCCCAAAUUAUAUAAAGAAGGGGAUAAAAGUGCGGUACUUUGUAAACAUUUUUAAAUAACUGCAGAAUUUGGUGAACACAAGGAGAAAUAUGAUUCCUCCCUGGUACUGGGCGAGACCUCCACUCAGUGUAAAUGUGCUACUGGACAUAUCAUAUGUUUCUGUGGUGUUAUUAGGUUCAACAAAAGCUCUUAAGGCUCGUCUGCAAUCUGUAUCGUCGUACUGUAAGUGUGCAAAUACAUGUAAUGUAAUUGUAAAUCCACUUAGGCUCUGCUGGGCAGCAACUGCUUGUGUAGUGACUAGUUUGCAAACCACGACCCUCGUGCCUUGUAUGAAAACUCAAAGAGACGACUUUUUUUAUAUCCAGCCCAUCAUUCUUGUCGUCUAACUAAACACAAAGCAGUGUAAUCUCUGCUCUUCCAAAACACUGAAGGCAAACUUGCUUGGCUGUGUGACAGUUUUUUGACAUCUAAUAUCCAGAUGCUAGCACAUUUAGCAUGCUAUUUACCUUAUUGGGGACUGAGUAUGGGAUUGCAUACAUGAUAUACAAAAGUAUAUUUAAGUGUGAACGCAUCUGUGGAGUGACCAUAUGAAAAACAGAUUAGAUUCAGCAGCCAGAAUAACUUUAGGUUACAAAGGCAACCCCGGUUCUCUUUCAUUCACUUGCUAUCUCAUUAUGGGCUAUGCCCCUAUGUGUAGUCCUCAGUGAGAUACCUCGCUCAUGGUACCAGAGAACCAGGUUUAUCUUUGUAACCUCAAAUCAUACUGGCUACUUAAUCUAAAACUAGACAAUUGUCAGGGUGACUAACAGCAACGCAGCUGACUGACCUUUUCUGCAUUUAAUGUGGAUGUAAAGUACCGACAAGUCAGUUUAAAUGUACUGUAUCACUGCUUUAUAUAUACAUUGUUUCUAACUUUUAUUUGUAGCAACUUUAUCCAAUGUUUAACUUGCCUUAAGUGGUGCAACUUCCACUUGAGUUAAGGUGUAAAGAAGACGUUUGUUUACAGCACUUUUAUCUGCAUUUUGUAUUUUAUUUUUUAUUGGAAAUUCUGUCAUUUUAUACUUACUUCAGUGUUGGUGAUCACCAGUAGACCAAUUUGCCACACUGUUUUGAAUAUGUUGCCACAGCCAACAUUUUUACAUGUACAGUAGAUGUUGUCCAUUUUCAUUUCAGUG